AUGGCCAUGAUGGUGACGGAGGGCAACGACAGCUGCGGAAGCGGAGUGCAGCACCAUAGGACGUCCUCCUCCUCCUCUUCGCCGGCGCAAACUCGUCAGCAGCGCCACAAGGUCGAAGUCUACAAUGAGAUUCUUCGCCGCUUGAAAGAUUCCGGCCACGAAGAGGCUAUGCAACCUGGCUUCAACGAUCAGCUUUGGGCUCACUUCAAUCGUCUUCCCACACGGUACGCGCUGGAUGUGAAUGUGGAAAGGGCGGCUGAUGUUCUUAUGCACAAGAGGUUAUUGCAGUUGGCACAUGAUCCUGCUAAUAGGCCUUCAAUUGAAGUUAGAUUAGUUCAGGUUCAUCCCAUAUCUGAUGGAAACUCAGCCGAUGCUUCUGAAUUGGAUGAUCCUGGGACAGAAUCUGGUCAAAGUUCUUCAAAGUACUCUAACAGACAGAGUAUACAUCCACCUCCUGCUUUUGGUUCUUCUCCUAAUCUUGAAGCAUUGGCUCUUGAAGCAAAUAGUUCUGAAGACAUAGAGGAGGAACAAUCUGUACACGCCAAUGUUCAAUAUUCACGACCCAUGCAUGAAAUCACCAUCUCAACAGAUGACAAGCCAAAGCUUCUUAGCCAGUUAACUGCUUUGCUUGCUGAGAUUGGACUGAACAUCCAAGAAGCACACGCCUUUUCCACAACCGAUGGUUACUCAUUAGAUGUAUUUGUUGUUGAAGGAUGGCCCUACGAGGAAACAGAAAAGCUGAAAGCAGCUUUGGAAAGAGAAGUCUUGAAGAAGAUUGAGAGACAGGUGAGGUCCAGUCCGCAAUCUGUAUCUUCUGUUGAUGAGCCUGAUCAACCAAAGAUGAAAACUGAACUGGAUCAUUUGACAAUACCAAAUGAUGGGACAGAUGUUUGGGAAAUAGAUCCUAAACAUUUGAAAUAUGGAACUCAAAUUGCAUCUGGGUCAUAUGGUGAACUAUUUAAAGGUGUAUACUGUAGCCAGGAAGUAGCGAUCAAAGUUCUCAAGCCUGAACAUGUAAAUUCAGAAUUGCAGAAAGAGUUUGCACAAGAAGUCUACAUCAUGAGAAAGGUUCGACACAAGAAUGUUGUACAAUUCAUAGGAGCAUGUACCAAGCCCCCACGUUUAUGCAUAGUGACAGAAUUUAUGUCAGGUGGAAGUGUGUAUGACUACCUACAUAAGCAGAGGGGCUUUUUUAAAUUUCCUACUCUGCUUAAAGUCGCAAUUGAUAUUUCUAAAGGGAUGAACUACUUGCACCAACAUAACAUAAUCCAUAGAGAUUUGAAGGCUGCCAACCUUUUGAUGGACGAAAAUUGUGUUGUAAAGGUUGCUGAUUUUGGGGUUGCUAGAGUUAAAGCUCAGUCUGGUGUUAUGACAGCAGAAACUGGAACAUAUAGAUGGAUGGCUCCUGAGGUUAUAGAACACAAGCCGUAUGAUCACAAGGCUGAUGUAUUUAGUUUUGGAAUUGUUUUAUGGGAGUUGCUCACUGGAAAGCUUCCAUACGAAUAUUUAACCCCCCUUCAGGCAGCUAUAGGAGUGGUUCAAAAGGGUUUGCGACCCACCAUCCCCAAGAACACUCAUCCAAAAUUUGUUGAACUUCUUGAGAGAUCCUGGCAGCAAGAUCCAACAUUGAGACCCGACUUCUCUGAAAUUAUCGACAUCCUGCAGCAAUUGGUGAAGGAGGUUGGAGAUGGAGAAGAGCGGCACAAAGAAAAAUCUGGAGGACUUCUGUCAGUCCUGAGACGAGGACAUCACUAAAUAUUUAUUUCAAUAUGGAUGAUGUCCUUAACAUGGUCAUAGCUAUGGCUGAGCUUUGGUGGAAAGGGAAGAUAUUUUGAAGACGUGGUUGAAGAAGAGGAUGAUGCGCAAGAGAUAUUGAAUUACUUACUGCAUGCAAAGAGCCGAUUAAGGUGAACCUGCAUUUGCUACAUAAGUGAAAUGAAACGAGAGCUUGCAGGUUUGGUUAAAGCUUAAGCAUUCAUAAUUUAAAUUGGUAAGAAAGUCGAAUGCUUAGGAAUCAAAGUUAGCUGUAGGUUACAUGCAGAGAAGGAGCCAGACUAGAUUGCUGGAGGGUCAUGUUUAAUAAUUAAAGUUUAUUCAAUCCAAUUAUAUAAUAAAGCCAGAUUGACAAA